CUUGUUGCGAGCGAGCCGCUUCUGCCCGACUCGGAAGUGUGCUGGAGUUGUGGUGCGGAGACCAACUACAAUGAACUCGGACCCCGAGACCCAGCUCAUCCCUUCGCUGAGAUGGAAUGUCGAACGUGUUUGAACCCGUACUUUAACCCAACGGAUGAUGACCAGUCUUUCUCUCCUUCCCAACUAGAAAGUCGGCCAAAGAACCAAGGGAUGGAGAAUGACGUCGACGAGUGCCCCGGAACAUGCAAGAAGCUAUGGGACAUCAAGAGCGAACAGUUCGUAGAGGACCUGCAAGUCACCCUCUGUAAGACAUGCAGAGGCAGUUUUCCGCAGAGGUCAAAGAGUACAUUAAGGCUCACCUCACCGACACCCCGUCGCCUACAAACCGUGCGUAUAUGCAAGAUAUACUCGAAAAGGGAUCCUAUUGGCGUGGCGGUGCUCGUGGACUAUCUAAGAAAGCUAUCAUUUCCACCGUAUCUAAAGUGCUGCCAAACUUUGCAUCUACUUCAAGAUACAACAAACUCAUCGCAAAGCUGACCGCAAGGGAGACAAGGGCUGGGGAGAUCUAAGGACGGUAUUCUCGUCGGUGUCUGUAGCACACUCUCCUUCUAUCUUUGCCUGGUGGUCUGUUCGGAUGGUGGUCUAUUAGGGUAAUAGGUCAACUAUACCAGUUAUUCGCUAGCUUCUGCAGUAGUAGGCGUCGGGUUAGAAUAGUUACUAGCCUUACACUGGUCUAACUAAU